AUGAUCGCGUUCCGAGAGCGAGGGAGUACGAUGACGAGACGAGAGCAGACCAAGAUCCCGAUCUGGACAGAGAACGGGAAGAGCGUGAGCGAGAACGGAGGAGACGGAGGGAAGAGCGGAGACGACGAAGGAGAGAAGAAGAGGCAGCAGGAGAAGGCCUGGCAUAUGAACACCCCAACAACCGACAAAGAGGAGUAUCGGGAAAGUGUGAGGAGGAAAGAUGGGAGUGAUACUGCCGUGGUGGUUGUGCUACUGCUAAUCAUCAUUCCCGUGGCGGUUGUGGUGUCGAAGAAGAAGGGCGGUACAUCGACGAGCUCAGGCGGAGGAGGGGCGGUGGGAGGUUCUUCCAAACCGUCGAACAGUAAUCUGGAUGGCGUAUCGCAGGACAGCAUACCCCAGGAAGCCAAGGGCACGGAACUGGAUCCGUUUACGUGGUACGAUACGAUGGACAUGAACGUCACAUAUACAGGAGAGACGGUUGGAGGACUCAGCAUCAUGGGCCUCAACGACAAAUGGGACGACACCACAAGAGCGAACGACAAAGUCCCGCCGCUGAACGAAAAGUUCGAAUAUGGCAAAAUGCCCAUCCGAGGGAUGAACGUCGGAGGUUGGCUCAACCUGGAACCAUUCAUCACACCAUCCUUCUUCGACGGCUACACAAGUCGAGACGGCGUCGUCGACGAAUACACCUUGACCACCAAAAUGGGUCCUAUCACCGCCAAACAGACCCUCGAAAAACACUACUCCUCAUGGAUCCAAGAAUCCACUUUCAAGGAAAUUCAAGCCGCGGGGUUCGACCACGUCCGUAUUCCCUUCGGCUACUGGGCCGUGACAACCUACGACGGCGACCCUUACGUCCCUAAAGUAGCCUGGCGCUACAUGCUCCGCGGCAUUGAAUGGGCGCGAAAAUACGGUCUCCGCAUCAAUCUCGACCUGCACGGCGCUCCCGGCUCUCAAAAUGGCUGGAACCAUUCCGGUCGACAAGGUGCCAUCGGAUGGUUGAACGGCACCGACGGCACCCUGAACGGGGACCGCACCAUUGACAUCCACAAGCAACUCGCGACCUUCUUCUCCCAACCUCGCUAUAAGAACUUGGUCACCAUGUACGGCCUCGUCAACGAACCCCGCAUGGUAGAACUCGACUCCACGGCCGUCAUAACCUGGACGACCUCCGCCUUCAACGCCGUGCGCGACUCGGGCUUCGAGGGAAUCAUCGUCUUCGGCGACGGUUUCAUGGGUCUGGACAACUGGCAAGGGCAACUGCAGUCCCUCGACAACCUCCUCCUCGACGUGCACCAGUACGUCAUCUUCAACGUCGAGCAGAUCGUGCUGAAUCACCACGAUAAGAUCAACUUUGCGUGUGGCGGGUGGACGGCGCAAGCCCUUCGAUCGCAGAAUACAGCCACCGGAUUUGGACCGACUUUAUGUGGGGAAUGGUCGCAAGCGGAUACGGACUGUGCGAAGAAUUUGAAUAAUGUCGGCGUGGGAUCGAGGUGGGAAGGGACGCUGAAUAUGGCGUAUACACCGGGUGGAAGUAAGGAUGGGAAUAUCCUCGAUCCGACGUGUCCGACGGGCAACAAUCCGCGCUGUUCCUGCGAGGGUGCGAAUGCGGCUCCGGGGGAUUACUCGGAUGAGUAUAAGAAGUGGUUGUUGAUGUUCGCCGAGGCGCAGAUGCACUCGUUUGAGCAAGGCUGGGGGUGGUUUUACUGGACAUGGCAGACGGAAGGGUCGGCGCAGUGGAGUUACCGAACGGGAUUGGCGAGUGGGACGAUGCCCAAGCUGGCGUAUGAGAGGAGUUUUAAUUGUGAUGGGGAUAUUCCCGAUUUUGGGGACCUGCCGGAGUAUUAUUGA